CAGUGACGCAAUCACGCAGUGUUCCGCAGUGACGGCGACUCAUUUCGGUUCAGCGUCUUUCAGACCUUGUAGUGCCCUUAAACUUGAAGUCCAAAAAGCAAUACCUGUCAUGGCAUUUCAAAUUCCAGGGCUUUCGGCGCUAAAUAAACCGGGAUUAAUACCGGGUUUCAAAGUAUCUAAAGUGGCUGCGGCUCUGAGCACCUACAUGCUGAUGCGCUACUUCAGUUCACAGAGCAGCCCCAAGAGCAGAGUCAACUUGACCAUCAACAAAGACAGUCCCAAAGUGGUGCACAGCUUCGACAUGGAGGACAUCGGAAGCAAGGCCGUCUACUGCCGCUGCUGGAGGUCCAAGAAGUUUCCCUACUGUGACGGCGCACACGCCAAGCACAACGAGGAAACCGGCGAUAACGUCGGCCCGCUGAUUAUUAAGAAGAAAACUUCCUAAACAUUGAGUGAGUUCUGACGUCAGUGUUUUCAGACCGCUGGAGGUGAUGCUUUCAUAUCACAGGGACUGUAAUUGUCGAUGUUAAUUCUCGCCGAGGACUUCCUGUAGCGCUGCAGACAUGCAUCAGGAAACAUACUGAAAACAUGAUGCGGUUUUUACACUUGCUCUUCCUCUCAGCCUCCAAAACAACCCAUAUUUGUUUAAAUGUGCUUUAAAUGUCCUCUAAAAUAUGUCUGCACUACAGCACUGGUGAAUGUGAGCCAAAGCUAAUACGCACAACAAACAUUUCAGUGAUUAAGAGGUAAAAAUGUAUGAUUUGUGCUUCUGUAUAGGUGUAAAACUAAACCAGGUACCAUUUAAACAGUAUUUAAAGGGAUAGUUCACCCAAAAAUUAAUAUUCUGUUAUCAUUUAUACUGAAACAUUAAAGUUUUUCUGUUAAACACAAAAUAAGAUAUUUGGAGGAAUGCUGGACUCUGGAAGCUCUCCGCUUAAACUGUUUUUGUCUUGAUUUUUCUUCAAAUAUCUUAAAAUGCUUAAAUGAAGAAGCUUUUGUACAAAAUAUUAUAUAAAAAUAAUAAGUCAAAAUUAAAUGGGUUUUUCCUUCAAACCAGAUCUAAUUAUCUGCCAUACGUUCUUCCCUAAAACAAUCAAAAUAAAGUCUUGGUUUCAUUUUGAGUUAUGUUUAUUUCUCGUUUACCCUAUUGCAGGGGUCAGCAAUCUCAUUCCAGGAAGUCUGCUGUCCCUACAGGGUUUAGCUUUAACUUGCCUUAACACACCUGUUUGGGUGUUUCAAGUACACCUAGUAAGACCUUGAUUAGCUUGUUCAGGUGUGUUUGAUUAGGGUUGGAGAUAAAAUCUGCAGGACACCGGCCCUCCAGGAACAUGUUUGGUAACCUCUGCCCUAUUGCAAUGGGGUAUACAUAAAAUAAACAUAACUAAAAAUAGAACCAAGACUUUAUUUUGAUUGUUUUAAGGAAGAACGUACUUUAUUUUGACCUAUUAAUUCUGAAAGCAAAUCUAUAGGGUGAAUUCGGGUAAUUGGUGACACCUAAGCUUCAGUGUGUUUAUUUCUGUUCUAACAAAAUUCAGUCAACAGGACUUUUAUUUUAAAUUUAGCAUGGACUCCAUGUGAGUGAAAUCACAUGACUUCAUUGGGGGGGUUUCACAGAGAGGGGGCAGGCCACUUGUCAGUCAGGAAGCUCUCGUCAAAAUUAGAUGACAAGGUCAGUGGCAUAGGAUUCUGACUUGAUUAAUGUUAAGGACAUAAACAUGUCAUAAAUAAGACAAUGUUCCCAAUUGUUGUCAGUUUAUGUUUGUGGUCUAUACAAGUAACAAAAUAUGCAUUAAAGUGUUGAAAAUGUU